AUGGUGCCUCCACAGCGGCCAGGCAAGACAGCUCCCCGCUUGGCGGAAGACAUCCGGCUAUACGAUCCUGCACACCUGCCGGGUACUGGCCUCAACCUGCUUUCACAGGUCCCACCAGUACACCCAGAGGAUGGCGACAAGACCUCCGACUUCGUCUCGCCUCAUGCUUGUCAACACACAUAUGUGACAAAGGAGAAUCAAACAUACCUGGCAAAGGCUGAGCAGAGACGGAGACCGGGAACAUCGUCCAAGCUAUCAGCUGUCUGCUCGAAAUGUCGCUACCACUUACAGGUGGUAGUCAGUCACACCACAAGUGGCAAUGCAUUUGCUGUAGCCAAGAUUUCAGAGCAUUUGCACCAUUUUGUGUACAAAUCGGGCCGACAGCAGGGUAGUCGAAUGGCGGAAGAGGUGACGGAUAAAGGGCAGGUGGUUGAGACAUACCACUAUCAGUGCUCUCAUCUUUCCUGCUCGGCGAUGGUCUCACUCCGGAUUCUGUCGCCUCUUAUUACUCCGCAGUUUCUAGAGCUGUUGAGCGAUCCAGAAUUGAUUCGCGAGCGUGCAGAAGAGGCAAUCGCAGCACAACCAGAGCGGCUUGAGGGCAUGGCCAUUCCCGCGCCCAUUACUGUCCUAGAUAACCUGCGCCUCUAUCUUCAUAAUGCUCUUCAUAGCCACGAGCGGAGUAAGGCGAUCUCGUCCGCCAAUAAGAGGUUCAUGCUAUCAUUUGGACUGGAGGGAACUGCGUGUAAAGACGUGUUGGAGUUCUUGGGGUUUGUCUACGACGCUGAUGCUGGUAGCUGGCAACCGCCAUCCCCUAACCCCUGGUCGAUGCAGCCUUACCAGGACACCGAGCCGAUUUUUCUCGACGACAUAAUCCAGGAACUACUCUGUUUGCUUCACCAGCGACCCACUUCCGAGAAGAGGGGUGUCAAUUUCCCUGCGCUUCCCUCCCUGUCGACGAAUGACCUCUUCUACGCUCUGGAUGCCAUGGAGUGUUCGUUCUUGCCCCUGGAGACCUAUGAUACACCGAAGCUGAUGCAUGAAUUAGACCCGAAAUCUUCCCGCGCCCACGAAUUUGCAAUGCCGCCUGCUCCGUUUUACGAGGAUCUCGGCGCCACAGAGGAUAUGGCCGCCUCGGCGAUUAUUGAAGCAUACGAUCGACAAGUCUCAGUCGACCCGGGACGAGCUCCGCUGUAUUUGCAAUGCCUGAAAGCAAUCGCUACUCUGCGCGGUGGGGAGGAUUAUGAGAUAAUCGAGCAGGCCGUCGCAGUUGCUUACUCGGAAGGAAAAUACACGGAUGAUGAUCUUGUUGACUCGUACAGGUACUUUGGGCUGUGGCAUAACGACUACACCCUCACCGAAGACAACAUCAUUGGGAAGUUCUAUGCUUACCUGAGUUCUACCUCGCCGGAGAAAGAGAAUGAGUCCCGCCAGCACUUGUGGCGGAUAGGUGCCAGCAGAGGCAGUGACCGUAUCAAGGCCGUGUCAGAAGACCGAGUUUCCACUGUUGAGCAAGCCCAGGUAUUUUUGGGUGUCGAAGACAACACUCCAGACGACUUCAUCAUCACCAUGUACACUGCAAAGCUGAACGACAAUCCCUCGUGCAAAGACCUCGCCGUUCGCGCUCUCAAGCUCAUCGCGGAGAGCCGCAAGUCCAAUAUGCUAGAGCACUACAUUGCCACUGGGGAGACUAUUGCAGGAGAAAUGGAUAUCGGGGACGCCUACCGCUUACUCCAGAUUCCAGAUCGCACCGCCGACGACGGCGCUAUCAUGGCAGCCUACACGAUCUGCAUCGAUGAAAACCCAGGCCAAGCCGACAUCUACAACCGCGCUUUGUCGAUCAUUGCUAAGAACAUGGAUAGCCCGAUGUUGCGUAACAUGGCUGGAAUCUCGAGUGAGCCAGAUCGCAACCUGGUGGAAUGGCCUGUCGGCCUGCAAAACAUCGGCAACACCUGCUAUCUAAACAGCCUUCUCCAGUUCUAUUUUUCGGUCCGUCCAUUCCGCGACAUGGUCAUGCAUUUCGAGAAGCACCAAAUGGACGUGAACGACGAAUCAAUCAUGGCUCAAAAGCAGGUUGGGUCCCGUAAAGUGGCCAAGAAAGAAGUAGAGCGGUCACUCAAAUUCCUUAGUGAACUCCGGAGUCUGUUUGACAGUAUGAUCACGUCGGCACAGUCUUCAGUAACUCCUGGGCAAGAGCUGGCACGUUUGACCUUGAUCAGUCCGGGAGGGGAAGCUGCCAUCCGUCGGAGAUCAACCAUCUCAAAAUCUCAGAGCCUCGGUGACGUCGAUGGAAGACCCAUUCUGGGACCUCUCGGACCUCCUCUCACUAUUGCUGAAGAGCGAACUGAAGAGCAAACAGCUCCGGAAAACGGAACACCGCUCUCGAAAGCCUCUAAUCCCAGUGAUAUUGGCAGUGAUGCCACACUCGUGUCAGAAGCGAUUCCUAAUGCGGAAUCUGCGCUUCCGGCCGAAAACAAAGACGACGAGGAUAGAAAAGGUGGCCCGCUUUCGCCACCAACAUCAGAACCCGAUGGGGAUGCAUUCGAGACCGUCGGCGCCACCCCACUGCAUCCCGAGGCCCCUAACCACCCGCCACCGGUACCCCCACGUCCGAUCCCGGAAGUGGAUCGUCAAAAGCAGUUGAUUGAAGAAGUCGAGAUUGGUGCCCAGCAGGAUGUCACCGAAGUGAUCAACAACGUCCUUUUCCAGAGUCAGUGUGCCAUCAAGCCGCUGAGAAUCGACAGCGACGGGGAACAGGUCGAUCAAAUCAAGGACUUGUUUUAUGGUCGAACCCGGUCUUACAUCACCACCGCAGGAGGCACGCGAUCCAAGGAGGAAAGAUGGUGCGACAUCAAGGUCGAUGUGGCUGGCGGGUCGCGUGAUAUCUAUGCAGCCAUCGACGGUGCAUUCGAUGUGCAAAAGAUCAGCGUUGAGAAUGGAGAGGCCGAGCAGUACGGAUCCAUCACCAACAUUCCUCCGAUCUUGCAGAUCCAGGUGCAACGCGUUCAGUUUGAUCCCGUGAAGAAGAGCUCGUUCAAGUCAACGCACCACUUGGACUUGCUACAACUCAUCUACCUUGACCGGUACAUGGAUACCACCAAGCCGGAAGUGAUGAAUCGCCGUCGUCAGUGUUGGGAAUGGAAGAGUACCCUCAAGGCGCUUCAAGCUCGUCGAGCGGAACUGUUGCGAGAGCAUGAUGAUGACCUUCUCGAAAUGACGGAACUCUUCAGUGGUACUAAAAAGGUGCUUGAGGAUGUUGCUGCUAUCGAAAGCGACGGCAACCUGGAGAUCAAACCGGAGCUCCUCAAUGAGCUCGACCAGCUUUCCCAGACCGUGCAGAGCGAGCUUCAGUCCGUCGAUCAAGAAAUCCAGAACACUCAAGCCAUGCUUUCCAACCAAUUCUCCAGUUUCAGGAAACUUCCAUACCGACUAUACGCCGUCUUUGUGCAUCACGGUUCCGUCUCUUUUGGUCACUACUGGAUCUACAUCCACGACUUCCGCAAGGAUGUCUGGCGCAAGUACAAUGACGAAUAUGUGACCGAGGUCCAGAACUUGGACGAAAUCUUCAAGAAUACUGAGACCAAUAACCCACCUACCCCCUACUUCCUAGUCUACAUUAACGACACCAUGAAAGAUCGCCUGGUUGAUCCUGUCUCUCGCGACAUCCCCGAAUUCAAACCGAACGUGGAGACUGAAAACACCGAGCUACCAAUAGCCAUGGAGGAUGUUCAGUCACCAGGGAUUACUGAAGAUGUCAACAUGGACCCGCCAUCCUACCAAGAAAGCUCGACAGACCAUAACAACGAUGGGUCCAAAUCGCCCUGGCCUACAGCCGCUGAGGAGAAGCAGGCCUACAUGAACGAACUCAAGAAAGAUGAUGCACAGUGGUAG